AGAAGAAGCAAAGAAGAGUCGUCUAAGAGAGUAAAUGACCUAAAUACCCUCAAGAAAGGAUAGCCUAACGAGUCCACUGCACAGAGCUGCUCCGUCGUAUACCCUCUGAUCUAUUAAUAAUUUCCUGUCUUCUCCUUCACUACCCUUCCCGUUUGCUCGAAUUCCUUCUCGCCCACCCGCCUCAAAAAAACAUUUUCCGCUUCAUUCAACUCUUAAAUUACGCUUAAUCACCUACUAAUCCCAUUAUCCCCCCUCUUAAUUAGUGCCUCGUCUGGUUUAAAGCUUUGAUUUUGCUGCUUCUGCCAGACCUUGCUUGCUGCAGAACAUUACAGGGUUUUUUACGUGAGUAUUUUUUUUCCUUGUCUCUGUUUCGUUGCUGAGGCGAAUUUGAGGAAAGUUGGGGUUGGGCAUGUUUCGUGUUGUUCUGGGAUUAAAAGUUCCAUAAAAGAAAAGGGUUCUUUUUUAGAAAAUGGAUUAUUUAUUUGCUUUGGGAAGCGUGUUUUUUAAGCUGUACCUUGUUUGGCUGCUGAGAAUGUGUAAGCUGAGGUGAAGUUUAUUUUUCUCCACAAGGUUAUGUUUUUAACUUGUUAAGCAAGCCAAGUGUUUAAUGUGGCUUUUUUGCGGCCAAUUCUCUCUGUUCUUGUUUUUCUUGAUGGGAAACCAAACUGGGUAUUUGAGUUAAUUUGAACUUCUUUUUUUUAGUUUCGACAAAGUUCAUUUGGUCAGUUUUAUGUCGUGUAAUUGUUGUUUGGUUGAUUCAGAUGGGGUGUUUUAGAUGAUAUAGCGGGGUUCAAUUCCAGCUGUCCCCUGGGAGUCAUCAAAUUCUAGAUAAAAUUAUAGCAGACUUUAGGUACUUAUUUUAUAGGAGCUUUCUUUAGGUAUAUAUUUGAGUCAUGGAGAGCAAUGAUUUGAUGAUUGAGCAUAAUCGGGAUUUAAUGCUGAGGCCCAAUGAGUAUUUGAAACCGGGGAAUAGUGUCGCUUCAGUUUUUGAUCAAUGUCUGGGAGACAUUGAUGAUUAUAGUUUGAAUGUUCAGGACUUGGGUUCGAGUCAAAUUGAUGAUCACAGACUAGCUGUUAAUCAGAGCAAUCAAUACAACAUGGUUCUGCGUCAUGGAGAUGUUCAGAAUUAUGAAGAGAAUGGGUUGGGUUUUGAUAGUGAUGUGAAGCUGGAUGCUGAUCAAGGAUAUAACGAUGUUGAUGACCAAGAAAAUCAGUUGACCCCUAUCUCUGAGGGAAGAAGGUUAGGUUUAAUGGAAAAACAUGAAGUGGCUAUUCAAAAACACUGUGUUUCUCACGAAAAUUCAAAUUCAGAUGUGAAACAAAAUCAGGAGAAGAGCUUUGUAAUUGAUACUCCUGUUAUUCAGUCUCGUGUCCAUGAUCCUGUUCCCAAUCAUCAGCUGACUGUUGGCCAACAGUUCCCUGAUGUGCACAGCUGUCGGAGAGCACUCAGAGAUGCAGCCAUUGCUAAUCACUUUGAGAUGAAGACAAUUAAAUCUGACAAGACUCGUUUUGUGGCUAAAUGUGCUAGUGAGGGAUGCCCUUGGCGAAUUCAUGCUGCAAAGCUUCCAGAUGUUCCUACAUUCACAAUUAGGACCUUGCCUAAUGAACAUACUUGUGUUGGAAUUACACAUCUUGGUCACCAACAAGCCUCGGUCCAGUGGAUUGCAGACUCCAUUGAAAGGAGCCUCAGGGAAAACCCUCAUUACAAACCGAAGGAGAUACUGGAAGAAAUUCACCAGGUUCAUGGUAUCUCAUUAUCAUACAAGCAAGCCUGGAGAGCAAAGGAGCGGAUCAUGGCUGCUGUUAACGAGUCAUUUGAGGAAGAAUUCCACCUCCUCCCAUGGUAUUGUCACCAGAUUGGAAGGACAAACCCAGGAAGUAUAGCUGUGGUUUAUGGGAAUCCUGUUGAUAGAAGUUUUGAACGACUAUUUGUUUCAUUCAAAGCUUCAAUUUAUGGAUUUUUGAAUGCUUGUUGUCCUCUUAUCGCACUUGAUGAAAUGCUUUUGAAAGGCAAGUACCAUGGAACCUUGCUUUUGGCCACUGGUUUUGAUGGAGAGGGUGCUGUAUUUCCUUUGGUGUUUGCCGUGGUUGAUGAUGAAAGCAAAGGUGAGUGGAUGUGGUUCCUCUCAGAGCUGCAUAACUUGCUUGAAGCUAACAUGGUAAACAUGCCAAAGCUUACAAUUCUAUCAGAUAGACAGAAAAGCAUCAUAGAUGGAAUAGAAGUACACUUCCCAAGUGCUUUUCAUGGAUUAUGCAUUCAUCAUCUCAUCGACAAUUUCAGCAAGGAGUUCAACAAUACCAUACUAGCCAACCUUCUCUGGGAAGCUGCUUUUGCUCUCACUGCAAUUGAAUUUGAACAGAAAAUCACACUGAUUGAAGAACUGUCAGAGGAUGCAGCUCAUUGGAUUAGAAGAAUUGACCCUCACUUGUGGGCGUCAGCAUAUUUUGAGGGAAAAAGACUUGGACAUCUAACAGCUGACAUAGUUGAAUCAUUAGGUUCUUUGAUACUGGAAGCAUCUGGACUUCCAAUAAUUCAAAUGAUGGAGUGUAUCCGUCAACAGCUGAUGAUGUGGUUCAAUGAGCGUCGUGAAACUAGUUCGCAGUGGACAAGCAUACUUGUUCCCCCUGCUGAGAGGCAAGUGUCUGUAGCUAUUGAGCACGCACACGCACAUCAGGUCCUCAAAGUAGAUGAUGCUGAAUUUGAAGUUAUUUCUGCUGAAGGUUCUCAUAUCGUAAAUAUUUGUAGCCGCAAUUGUUCAUGCCGUAGAUGGCAGCUAUGUGGGCUGCCCUGUGCUCAUGCUGUGGCAGCUCUUCUCUCUUGCCGGCAGAAUGUUUCUCGGUUCGCUGAAAGCUGUUUCACUGUGGCAAAUUAUCGCAAGGCAUAUUCACAAACCAUACACCCAAUACCAGAUAAAGCCCUUUGGAGGGAACUAUCAGUAGGAUUAGACAAUGCAGGCUACAAUUCUGUCGAACUCGUUAUAAAACCUCCAAAGUCUCUUCAACCACCAGCAGCUAAACCAAGAAAAAAGCGAGUUUGUACAGAAGUUUCGGGGCAAAUGAAACAGACUGUGCAUUGCAGCCGCUGCCAUCAGACUGGACAUUUUAGAACAACAUGUACUGUCCCUCUAUAGAUGCUGGAAUCAAUUCCGCAGAAAAGUUCGUGGAUAUUUUUGCUAGAUUGCAUAGAGCUUUGACAAUGAAUUUGCUUCCAGUGCCCAGAUUUAUUCCUUUUGUUUAUAAUGUUGGGAAAAAAUUAACAUGACAAGGGCACUAUUUUGGGAUACUCACAAUUACUCUCAGGUUUAUUGAUCAGCUCUGUGUUAUUUCC